ACCCAAUAAAGUCACCCUCCAAAAAUCACAAUGAACAACGGGUUUCAUAUGUUAGUGUGUUACCAAAAAGUUGCCCUAGUGUAGUCAUUUCAUAUUUUCGUCAUGUAGUCCUAUUAUGUUAUGGCCAUAUCAUUAAAUCCAGGCACCUACUUUUAUCUCAUUUAUAAAUAUCCCUCCACAAACUCAUCUUCCAACAAUCAUUUAAAAUACACUAAAUUUAGCCAUUUUUAAAUUCUUUUUUCACGAAAAUAAAUUAAAAAAAAAAAACCAAAAUGUUUCAUAAUAUUGUAGAUGCAAUUACAGGAGAUGGAAAAGGCAAGAACAAGAAGAAGAUAAAUGGAAGAGUAGUGUUGAUGAAGAAGAAUGUGUUAGAUUUUAAUGAUUUCAAUGCUUCCAUUUUUGAUAGAUUUGAUGAAUUAUUGGGUAAAAAAGUGUCAUUUCAGCUUGUUAGCUCUGUUAAUUCCGACCCAGGCAAUGAAUCGAAAGGAAAACUUGGAAAACCAUCAUAUUUGGAAAAUUGGCUAAGAAAUUUCACUGGUUUAACACCUGGUGAUUCAGCAUUCAAGAUAACAUUUGAUUGGGAUGAAAACAUUGGUGUUCCUGGUGCAAUACUUAUAAAGAAUGAACAUAAAAAUCAGUUUUUCCUCAAGUCUGUCACCUUAGAUAACAUUCCUGAUAUUGGUAAAAUCGAUUUUGUUUGCAACUCAUGGAUCUACCCAGUUAAAUACUACACCAAGGAUCGUAUUAUUUUCAGCAACAAGGUUUAUCUACCUCAUGAAACACCGGGACCAUUAAGCAAGUACAGAGAAGAAGAGAUGGAGAUUUUGAGAGGGAAUGGAGAAGGGAAGCUAGAGGAAUGGGAUCGUGUUUAUGACUAUGCGUAUUACAAUGAUCUUGGAGAUCCUGAUAAGGGUUCAGAGUAUGCGCGCCCUGUACUUGGAGGUUCUGCUGAAUAUCCUUAUCCUCGCAGGGGAAGGACAGGCCGUCCCCCUACGAAAACAGAUCCAAACACUGAGAGUAGGCUGUCACUUGUGAAGGCAUUAGGCGUAUAUGUUCCAAGAGAUGAGAAAUUCGGACAUGUAAAGAUGUCAGAUUUCCUGGGUUACGCGCUAAAGUCUUUGUCCCAGGACUUAGUUGUUGGUCUUGAGUCUAUAUUCGACAAGAAUCAUAACGAGUUUGAUAGUUUCCAAGAUGAACUUGAUCUAUAUGAAGGUGGGAUUAAGCUACCAAAGGGUGCUUUAAUUGAGAAGAUAAAGGAUGGCAUCCCAUUUGAUUUGCUUAAGGCUUUCCUUCAAACUGAUGGUGAUACACCACUUCUGAAAUUCCCAAUGCCUGAUGUAAUCAAAGAGGAUAAAUCUGCUUGGAGGACUGAUGAAGAAUUUGCUAGGGAAAUGCUAGCUGGUGUAAAUCCUAUAGUCAUUCGUCGUCUUGAGGAAUUUCCUCCUGUUAGCAAACUUGAUCCAAAAACAUAUGGAAACCAGAACAGCUCAAUCACCAAAGAACACAUCGAGCAGAACCUUGGUGGAUUAAGUGUAGACGAGGCAGUUACGAAAAACAAGGUAUUCAUUCUAGACCACCACGACACUCUGAUGCCUUUUGUAAGGAAAAUAAACUCCACACCUUCGAAGAUCUAUGCAACAAGAACACUUCUCUUCCUACAAGAUGACGGUACUUUGAAGCCUUUAGCUAUCGAGUUGAGUCUACCACAUCCUGAAGGUGAUGAAUUGGGUGCCAUUAGCAAGGUGUUUACACCAGCUCAUGAAGGUGUUGAAGCCUCAAUUUGGCAGCUUGCCAAAGCUUAUGUUGCUGUUAAUGAUUCAGGCCAACAUCAACUCGUCAGCCACUGGAUGCUAACUCAUGCAGCAAUAGAACCCUUUGUGAUAGCAUCAAACAGGCAACUGAGUGUUCUUCAUCCAAUCCAUAGACUUCUGCACCCUCAUUUCCGUUAUACUAUGGACAUAAACGCGCUAGCAAGACAAAUACUUCUUAAUGCUGAUGGACUCCUUGAGAAAACUGUUGUUCCUAGAAAGUUUUCCAUGGACUUGUCUUCAGCAGUGUACAAGAGCUGGGUUUUCACUGAGCAAGCCGUUCCUAAUGAUCUCAUUAAAAGGGGAGUGGCUGUGAAAGACGCGCAGAGCCCUAAUGGGUACAAACUACUAAUAGAGGACUACCCAUACGCUGUUGAUGCACUAGACAUCUGGUCAGCAAUCGAGACAUGGGUGAAAGAGUAUUGCUCAUUUUACUACAAGUCCGAUGACAUGAUCUCUAACGACAUAGAGCUACAGUCAUGGUGGAAAGAAAUCAGAGAAAAAGGACACGGUGAUUUGAAGGAUGAAAAAUGGUGGCCAGCUAUGAAAACAUUUGAUGAACUAACACAAACUUGCACCACCAUUAUAUGGAUUGCUUCUGCACUCCAUGCAGCAGUCAAUUUCGGACAGUACCCUUAUGCCGGGUACCACCCAAAUCGCCCAACUGUUAGCCGAAGGCUCAUGCCAGAACCAAACACUCCUGAAUAUGAAGAACUUGAGAAAAAACCUGACACUGUAUUCCUAAAAACAAUCUCAAACAAGUUCCAAACUGUGCUUGGGAUUUCACUUAUAGAACUUUUAUCUCGACAUCCUACUGAUGAGAUCUAUCUUGGGCAAAGAGAGACUCGCGAAUGGACUGCAGAUAGUUUACCAUUAGAAGCGUUUGGGAAAUUCGGGAAAAAGUUGGAGGAAAUAGAAGAUAAGAUUGUAGGGAGGAACAAAGAUGAGAAACUGAAGAACCGAGUUGGUCCAGUGAAGUUGCCAUAUACAUUGCUGUAUCCUUCAAGCGAUGCAGGACUCACUGGCAGGGGAAUUCCUAACAGUACAUCAGUCUGAAGCUUUUAUUUAUGUCAACUUGAUUUAUUAGAUCUCAAUUCUUAAGCAUGUAGCUUGAAAUUUACGUACAUUUGAUUCACUUUAUGUUGUCAUAAUAAAAUCAUGAAGUACACAAGGCUUCAUGGUAAGAUCAGAUUAUAUGUUAUGCACCAAUUUUAUAAUUAGAGUAAAUGUAAAAUGAAAAUAAACUAUUUUUCUUGUGGAUUUUAAUCAUCUAUCAAUAUAUAUUGUGUGUGCA